ACGAGCAUCAGUUCAGUUCUUUCACAACCGCAACUCCGCAAGUCCAGUACUACUAGACAUACGCGGCGAUCACAAGCCAGUCUCCACUCUCCAGCAAGGCAUCAGGACCAAGAAGAAGAGAAGAGAUGGCUGGUCCGGCGAAGGCGUCGUGGAUGGUGGCCAUGAGCGUGGGGGCGGUGGAGGCGCUCAAGGACCAGGCCGGACUCUGCCGCUGGAACUACGCGCUCAAGUCCAUCCACCGAGCUGCCAAGGCCAAGGCCAACGUCCGCGCCGGCGGCUCGCAGAGCACGAAGCAGCUUCCGGCUUCCACGGCGGCCCUGGUGGAGAGGCGGCGAGCGGAGAAGGCGGAGGAGGCGCUGAGGACGGUCAUGUACCUCAGCUGCUGGGGACCCAAUUAGUAUUAGCGCUUAGUAGAAUGUAGUCAUGGCCUCAGAUCAGAUUUGGCCGGUUGCCCUGAUCGGUUGUAAAGACACCACGAUGAUGAUGAUGAUGAAAAUUUCGGCUAGGAGUUUAUAUCACUCAAUAUCA